UUUUUUUUUAUGAAAGUGCCUUUCAUAUGAGUGUUCCUCCUGUCCCUCUAGACACCGUUGCAAGUCUUUCAAACACUACCUACAGCUACAGGGUAUAUAAGGGACACCUUGUGCAGAAGACGAGCACAAGACAGCUUUGUAUACCGACAAGCUCUUGGAAAGGACGUAAUUUCAGAGAUACAGCGAAAAAGGGAUCUGCCCCAGCAAGAUGGGUUUACUUACCUUCCUACAACAGCGCUUUGGACUCUCCUGCUUGAUCCUUGUAUUGCUUGUUGUACUUACCUGCCCUGAUGUUUCCAGUGGGAAUAAACUUCGAAUGAUGCUACAGAAACGAGAAGCUGCAUCAAAGGAACCAGCCAAGACCAUUGUGGCUGUAGAGGGAAACAAAGCCAAUGAGUUUUUAAACACAUUAAAGCGUUCCAAACGCCAGCUUUGGGACCGGUCUCGACCUGAAGUGCAGCAAUGGUACCAGCAAUUCCUCUACAUGGGCUUUGAUGAAACUAAAUAUGAAGAUGACAUGUCUUACUGGAUGAACCAAGGACGUGCUGGUGACGAAUACUAUGGCGGCUUUCACCAACACCAUUAUGAUGAAGAUGCAGCUAUAGGCCCUCGCAAUCCAAAUACCUUCAGGCAUGGAGCUGGAGUGAAUUAUGAUGAUUAUUAGAAGUCAGCUAUGCUUGAAAGUUUAGAACAAAAAGGACAUUCAAUAUAUGGACAACUAGAAAAAGUGCAUUCUAGUAGACUGGCAAUUGAGGAGAAUAUAUAUAAUAAAAAAAAACUGAAAUACCCCUUUGCAUUCUCCUGCUGUGGUCCUGUCAACACCUUAAAAUGUACCAAGACUUAAAAUCAGUUUUCUAGUAUAUUUGGCAUUAUACCCCACUAUAUACACACACACUUUUAUUAAGCUAAUCUUUUUUUCAUUUCCAAUCUGUAGAUCCUGUCAGUAAUGAGGCAUACGUGAUAGGAAGCCCCAAGCCAGCUUGUUGACAAUGUUGCCGCUAAUUGAAAGGCAGAAGCUUAACAUUGUCAUCUUCAACAAGGCUGUUCUGUUACUGGCAGGAUCUCUAGAUAAACUUUGACAAAAAAAAUAGAUUAAAAAGGAUUGUAUACAGCAAGACAGAUUUGGGGUUCAUACACUCAAUGGUUAUAUUUAGCAGUGCUAAAUAAUGUUUAUACAUGCAAUUCUAUUUUAGAAAAAGGCAUUGAUGCAUAAAUACAAAUCAGUCAUUACAUAUUUCUUAUGUUACCUUAAUAAAGUUUUAAAAUUUGAAAUUAAAA